AGUCGCGCGGGAGCGGGUAGCGCGCGUGAUGGCGUUGGGCGCCGCCGCUAGGCGGGGAAGCGCGGGGCCGCGGCGGUGAGGGUUCUAGGGCGGCGGCAGCCGACGCCGCAGCAGCGCCCGAGCGGGGAGGGCCGAGGAGGCCGGACCUGCUGGGGAUGGGGAGUACCGGGCCCCUCACUGCCUCAGAGCGCGUGUGCGGCUCUCGGCGCGCACAGUGACGGUGACGGCGCCCCUGGCCCGGCAGUGCCGAGGCCGCUUCGCCAGACAGCCCGCGGCCGGCGGCAGGCCGGGCAGGCCCUCGCUGACCCCGGCGCCGCGCGGCGGCUUCCCCCGUUUCCGCUCCGGUCUCUCGGCAUGAGAGUCCGCCCGGGCACGGGGCUGCGGCUGCCCCAGACCCGCCGCCCGCUGGCGCGCUCCGGGCCCGCGGACCCGCGGUGCUGAUACCUGCGCCGCACUGCACCGCCCGCCAGCCCGCUGUGUGCCCCGGGGACGCGGCCAUGGAGGUGGUGGGCGACUUCGAGUACAGCAAGAGGGAUCUCGUGGGACACGGGGCCUUCGCCGUGGUCUUCCGGGGGCGGCACCGCCAGAAAACUGAUUGGGAGGUAGCUAUUAAAAGUAUUAAUAAAAAGAACUUGUCAAAAUCACAGAUACUGCUUGGAAAGGAAAUUAAAAUCUUAAAGGAACUUCAGCAUGAAAAUAUUGUAGCACUCUAUGAUGUUCAGGAAUUACCCAACUCUGUCUUUUUGGUGAUGGAGUAUUGCAAUGGUGGAGACCUCGCAGAUUAUUUGCAAGUGAAAGGAACUCUCAGUGAAGAUACUAUCAGAGUGUUUCUGCAUCAGAUUGCUGCUGCCAUGCGAAUUCUGCACAGCAAAGGAAUCAUCCACAGAGAUCUCAAACCACAGAACAUCUUGCUGUCCUAUGCCAGUCGCAGAAAAUCAAGCAUCAGUGGUAUUCGCAUCAAAAUAGCGGAUUUUGGUUUUGCUCGUUACCUACAUAGUAACAUGAUGGCUGCAACACUGUGUGGAUCCCCGAUGUACAUGGCUCCUGAGGUUAUUAUGUCUCAACAUUAUGAUGCUAAGGCUGACUUGUGGAGCAUAGGAACAGUGAUAUACCAAUGCCUAGUUGGAAAACCACCUUUUCAGGCCAAUAGUCCUCAAGACUUAAGGAUGUUUUAUGAAAAAAACAGGAGCUUAAUGCCUAGUAUUCCCAGAGAAACAUCACCUUAUUUGGCCAAUCUCCUUUUGGGUUUGCUUCAGAGAAACCAAAAAGAUAGAAUGGACUUUGAAGCAUUUUUUAGCCAUCCUUUUCUUGAACAAGUUCCAGUAAAAAAAUCUUGCCCAGUUCCAGUGCCCGUGUAUUCUGGUUCUGUCUCUGGAAGCUCCUGUGGCAGCUCUCCAUCUUGCCGUUUUGCUUCUCCACCAUCCCUUCCAGAUAUGCAGCAUAUUCAGGAAGAAAACUUAUCUUCCCCACCAUUGGGUCCUCCCAACUAUCUACAAGUUUCCAAAGAUUCUGCCAGUACUAGUAGCAAGAACUCUUCUUGUGACACGGAUGACUUUGUUUUGGUGCCACACAACAUCUCGUCAGACCACUCAUAUGAUAUGCCAAUGGGGACUGCUGGCAGACGUGCUUCAAAUGAGUUCUUGGUGUGUGGAGGGCAGUGUCAGCCUACUGUGUCACCUCACAGCGAAACAGCACCAAUUCCAGUUCCUACUCAAAUAAGGAAUUAUCAGCGCAUAGAGCAGAAUCUUACAUCUACUGCCAGCUCAGGCACAAAUGUACAUGGUUCUCCAAGAUCUGCAGUGGUACGAAGGUCCAACACCAGCCCCAUGGGCUUCCUCCGGCUGGGAUCAUGUUCCCCGGUGCCAGCAGACACAGCACAGACAGUUGGACGAAGGCUCUCGACUGGGUCUUCUAGGCCUUACUCACCUUCCCCUUUGGUUGGUACCAUUCCUGAGCAAUUCAGUCAGUGCUGCUGUGGGCAUCCUCAGGGCCAUGACUCCAGGAGUAGAAACUCCUCAGGUUCUCCAGUGCCACAAGCUCAGUCACCACAGUCUCUCUUAUUGGGUGCUAGACUGCAGAGCGCCCCCACCCUCACUGACAUCUAUCAGAACAAGCAGAAGCUCAGAAAACAGCACUCUGACCCCGUGUGCCCAUCCCAUACUGGGGCUGGGUACAGCUACUCGCCUCAGCCCAGUCGGCCUGGCAGCCUUGGAACUUCUCCCACCAAGCACUUGGGGUCCUCUCCACGGAGUUCUGACUGGUUCUUUAAAACUCCUUUGCCAACAAUCAUUGGCUCUCCUACUAAGACCACAGCUCCUUUCAAAAUCCCUAAAACGCAAGCAUCUUCCAACCUGUUAGCCUUGGUUACUCGUCAUGGGCCUGCUGAAGAACAGUCCAAAGAUGGGAAUGAGCCACGGGAAUGUGCCCAUUGCCUCUUAGUGCAAGGAAGUGAGAGGCAGCAGGCCGAGCAGCAGAGCAAGGCAGUGUUUGGCAGAUCUGUCAGUACUGGGAAGUUAUCAGAUCAACAAGGAAAGACUCCUAUAUGUCGACAUCAGGGCAGCACAGACAGUUUAAGUACAGAACGACCAAUGGAUAUAGCUCCGGCAGGAGCCUGUGGUGGUGUUCUGGCACCUCCUGCAGGUACAGCAGCAAGUUCCAGGGCUGUCCUCUUCACUGUAGGGUCUCCUCCACACAGUGCAGCGGCUCCCACUUGUACCCACAUGUUCCUUCAAACAAGAACAACCUCAGUGGGGCCCAGCAACUCCGGGGGCUCUCUGUGUGCCAUGAGUGGCCGCGUGUGCAUGGGGUCCCCGCCUGGCCCAGGCUUCGGCUCUUCCCCUCCAGGAGCAGAGGCAGCUCCCAGCCUGAGAUACGUGCCUUAUGGUGCUUCACCCCCCAGCCUAGAGGGGCUCAUCACCUUUGAAGCCCCUGAACUGCCGGAGGAGACGCUGAUGGAGCGGGAACACACAGACACCUUACACCAUCUGAAUGUGAUGCUGAUGUUCACUGAGUGUGUGCUGGACCUGACAGCCAUGAGGGGAGGAAACCCUGAGCUGUACACAUCUGCUGUGUCCUUGUACCAGAUCCAGGAGAGUGUGGUGGUGGACCAGAUCAGUCAGCUGAGCAAAGACUGGGGGCGGGUGGAGCAGCUGGUAUUGUACAUGAAAGCAGCACAGCUGCUUGCGGCUUCUCUGCAUCUUGCCAAAGCCCAGAUCAAGUCCGGGAAACUGAGCCCAUCCACAGCUGUGAAACAAGUUGUCAAGAAUCUGAAUGAACGAUACAAAUUCUGCAUCACCAUGUGCAAGAAACUUACAGAAAAGCUGAAUCGAUUCUUCUCUGACAAACAGAGGUUUAUUGAUGAAAUCAACAGUGUGACUGCAGAGAAACUCAUCUAUAAUUGUGCUGUAGAAAUGGUUCAGUCUGCAGCCCUGGAUGAGAUGUUUCAGCAGACCGAAGAUAUUGUUUAUCGCUAUCAUAAGGCAGCCCUUCUUUUGGAAGGCCUAAGUAAGAUUCUACAGGACCCUGGAGAUAUUGAAAAUGUGCAUAAAUAUAAAUGUAGUAUUGAGAGAAGACUGUCAGCGCUCUGCCAUAGCACCGCAACCGUGUGAGCAGCAGCCUCAUCCCAUGGACCGGUGGUGGGAACGUGAGGUGAUGCCUUUGGGAUUACAGCUUGAGUUUUGUCACCCCAUCCCCAGGAAACUAGCUUCUUAACUGGUGACUACCAAAGAACAAGCAGUGAUUUGAAAAAGGAAAAACAAUCCAAAAACUACAUAUUUGUAGGAAAUCUGCCUUACUGGAGAAAGUCACCGUUUCCCUUUUUCUUGUAGAAGCAGGAGCAAGAAUGUUUGGCUCCCAGUUUGGACUUGGUGAAUAAAUGUACCUUAGAACUAGGAUAAUCGGUACAGUUAUUCUUAAAGAUAAUUAAAAAUGAAACAAAGUGAGUGCUUGUCACUGGGUUCAUCAGAGCAGUGUGUGAAAUUCCAUGUGUUUGCUGAGAUAUAAAGGUAAAAGUAUUCACCCCUCAUCCAGGCAGUUUGAUAUUUGGAGUAAGUUUGUUUAAAUCUGAGCAUGCAUCUUUAAACAGCUCAGGAAGAAAUAGCUUAAGAAGAAGUGAAACAUGGAUCUUGGAAGAAAUUUUGAAAUCUUCAAUUUGAUCCUAAUAUGGACACAUGUUAAUCUUCCAAAAUCUUUCAUAUUGCGCUAAUUUAUUAAAACAACUGUGUAUUGGAUUUUGUAAUUUAACUAAGGCACAAUGGACUUGUUUAAAAUAUUUUACUUGAUUGUAUACAUAUACCCUUUCCAGAAUUCACAUGUAAUCUCCAGUGAACUUUUAAGUGGUUAAAACUUGUAUUCAUGUGAACCUUUGCACAUUUUUUUUUAACUUCUUCAUCUACACCUACAGAUUUUCUCAGUAAUGUUUUUGUUAGCUUUUGGUUCCAUUUUUUAUUGUGCAUGCAGAAUGUACAUUGAUGCCUGUGACCUUAGGUUUAUUAAAGGCUAGGUUUAUUUGGGCAGCAUUAGAAACAAAAUCAUGGAUCAAGAGAUACUCUUGAUCAUUUGAAUAGGGCCAAAACAAAGUUGGUGACCUAAAGGCUUGUUAGUGAUGUGGAGUUCCUACAUGCAGCGAGUGGAAAAUGAAGUUCGUGUUCUCUUAGGAAAAUGGGCAGCUGUUUUCUGCCUAAUGUGUAUUUUUCAUGUUAAUCCUGACAGUUCACCAAAUAGCUAGUCAUGGAGAAUGCAGGCAGUUAAUAUCCCUCCAGGAAUGGCUCCUACGUUGUGUAUUAUUUGGUUUCUUUUACUUACCUGCUUGAAUACUUGAAUAAACCAUUCACCAAUUUUAAUCCUUUUAAAUAAAAUAAUCUGAACUCUUUGACAAAUUGCACAGAGCUCUUUGGCAUUAAUCUAAUUUUAAUGUACUGAUAAAAACAAACAUGGUUUUCCUUUACUUUGACAAAGUAAUGUAAUUUUUACCUUAUUUAUCUGUAUGAAAUUCCAGUAGUUAAUUUGAACGUUUAUUUAUAUGACGUUUGUAUUUUUAGGUCUUUAAUACAGUGUUUCUACCUCUCAUUUGUAACUGCAUGCAUUAUUCUUGAAACUAGGUAAAACUCACUGAAUUGUUGUGUAAUAGCCUUUUUAUUAUUGCCUGUACAAAUGUAUAUUAAGGUAAAAUAAAACUGACAAAGUGUUUCUAGGGUGUAGCUGGGUACAUAUUAAGUGGCUUGUUGAGCCAGGUACUUCCUUAGUGAGUUUAGAGACUUGGCCGUGAAUAUCCUUUGUCCUGCCCCAGGAUUUAGAUCUCGGCUACUGUCAUGCAGGCUUCCAGGAACAUAGACUGUUUACCUCCACAACCCUAUUUGUUAUUAGUGAUACUUUAUUUUAUAUAAUAUUUUUUAUUCACAGUGAAAUUUCAUUCAUGUUCUUUCAGUUAUCACCUGUGUUAUCUCAGCUGUAGGCUUAUUCUAUCCUCUCCUCUUCCUCUCCCAUUUCUUUUUUAACACAGGAUGAAACAGGUUCAGAGAGGGGAAGUGAUUGGCCUAAAGUCAGGAACUAGGCAAGUGGUCAAGCCAUGCUUUGUGACUUUCAAGUUAAUUCUUCUUGUUCUUGUAUGUUAAAGGUCGUGGGUAGAUGGUGUGUGUGAAACAGUGAAGUCUCAACAGCAGAAAAGAACAAAAUGUAAAUUCAUGAAUAAUGGUUCUGGUUAUACUUCCAUUAUCAAGCCUAAUUGUUUUAAGAGAUUUUGCCUUGAGUAUAGCAAUAAUAAACAAAUGCUUUAUGUUUCCCUGAGUAUUUUUAAAUUUAAUAUCAUGUUUCAUAGAGUGGAAAUGUACCAGUUCAUACAUUCAUGGGUUGACACCUGUAUUCAAGCCAUAACCUGGAAAAUUGCUGACCAGCUAUUCCUACUCUAAGGGCUUGCUUUAAUUAUACCCUCCACUGGACUAUAUAUAUAGAGAACCUGUGCUCUAUAUAGAUGGUUUCCCACAGUCCCUGUCCCCUCCUUCCAUUGGGAGAAGUAACCAAAGCAACAGUUGUUCUCCCUCGCUGGAGUGGUGAAUAGGAGCUGGGAGGAGGGGACUGUUAGGGUCGGGUUGCCUCAGUCUCCACAGUAAUUAGGAGGAAAUUGAGUUGGAUACAGUGGACAUGAGGCCUGGAAUGGGUACCCCAAACCCACGCAUCUUAGAGUGUCUGAAUCCCCACCCCCGCUUCUGCAUGCCAGGAGUUCUCUGUGCAGCCAUCCUGUGACUGCUUCAGUCCAGAGAAGGAUAGCAUCCGUCCCUCCCUCCAACUCGCCUCUCUGCUGAGGCUUUCUCCUCUCCACUCAGCUAGCUAUUUGCAACAGCUCUCCUGGCACUUGUCUGGGAAUAUCAAGUUAAAAAUUAUAACGCCCAAUUUUGAUAACUUUAGUUAAGAGAAACACCCUCUAGUGAAGACUGGUAAGUAACUUAGUGCCCGUAGUCCCAUGUUCCUUUGUCUCCACUAAGAGGAAUUACCAGCCCAGCAGUUCUGCCCUCACUAGAGUCCCGUCUAGGAGCUUGAGGGGAUUUUUAGGGCUGGACUGCCUCAAGUCUGCACAGUAAUGAGUUGGACACAGUGGACAUGAGGACCUGUACUCAGAUAUCUGAAGAAUCCAUAUUAUUUUUUUGUUUGAGACAGAGUCUGACCCUAUUGCCCAGGCUGGAGUGCAUUGGCGCAAUCUUGGCUCACUGCAACCUCUGCCUCGCAGGUUCAAGUGAUUCUUCUGCCCCAGCCUCCCAGGUAGCUAGGAUUACAGGCAUGCGCCACCACGCUCAGCUAUUUUUUGUAUUUUUAGUAGAGAUGGGGUUUCACCAUGUUGGUCAGGCUGGUCUUGAACACCAGCCUUGGCCUCCCAAAGUGCUGGGAUUACAAGGAUGAGCCACUGUGCCCGGCUGAAAUCCUUAAUGUUUUUUUUUGUUUGUUUUUUUUGAGAUGGAGUCUCGCUCUGUCACCCAGGCUGGAAUGCAGUGGCACAAUCUUGGCUCACUGCAAGCUCCGCGUCUGGGGCUCACGCCAUUCUCCUGCCUCAGCCUCCCGAGUAGCUGGGACUACAGGCGCCUGCCACCACGCCCGGCUGACUUUUUGUAUUUUUUAGUAGAGGCGGGGUUUCACCCUGUUAGGAUGGUCUCGAUCUCCUGACCUCGUGAUCCACCCUCCUCGGCCUCCCAAAGUGCUGGGAUUACAGGCGUGAGCCACCGCCCAUGGGCUGUCCUUAAUGUUGAUAUUAGUGGUUAGCACAUGUUUUGGAGGGGGACUUAACACUUUUUUAACUAUGCUCCCUCAUAUUUUCUAUAAGCAGUCUUAAAUUCUUUCUGGAAUAAAGCAAGGUUGAUCAAUAUUUCUCAAGGAGGAUUACUUGGCAGGGAGUAGCUACUGCUCAGAGAACUUGGUAUUGUUACAUGCAUCCUGGAAGCAUCUGUGCCUAUUUCUAGACGGCCUCAGACCACUUUCUUCUGAGUCCUGGACCCUUGAAUCUGCAGCCAAGCAAGCUCUUGGGUCCCUCCCAAGUCUCAUGUUUAGUAAAGCCCUGUGAGAAUAAUUUUAUUGGGGGAGGAGUCAAGAUGUUACUUCCCUCACCUGCAUCAGAGGAAACCACAUCAGAAACAAUCCACCUAGAAGAACACUGCAGGAAAACUGACAACUUGUCCUGAGAAAUCACAGCCUUGGUGCAAGAGGUGAAGCUGAACUGGUAAAAGAUCAAAGUGAAUUCAGAGAUCAAACUGUACUAGGGAAAGGAGCAGAGGCUGAGAUCCUGCUGCCAGCGUGACCUCUCACAGAGUAGCCCAGCAGAGGCUGUGCAGAGAUGGCCAGAGCCAGGACCCAGCCCUGCAGAGCCCCUGGGCACAUGUGGUCCCGAGUGAAGCUGUGCCUGUUGCUCUGAACAGGUGGGAUCAAUCUGUGGGUUUUUCCUCUUUUCACAGAGUGUGGCUCUCCUUAGGUCUGCACUCCCUCUCUGCGCAGGGCGGACCUCCCUGGGCUCUGCUGCAUGACCUCCUGUCCCAAGACAGUCGUGCUCUCGGACAGUUAGCUUCUAUCAUUAGGAAGUGCCCACAUGAGCUCUUGUUUAUUGGAAACCAUGUUCUAUGCCUCCUUUGGGGUUUCUGCAACUCAAUUUGGCAGGUAGCUUAGUGGUCCACUUGGUCUCAACCUCCAGCUACACCAUGUGCAGUUGCAUGUUCUUUGGCAAGUUCCUCCCCUCCUCCGAAUCUGUCAGUGGGGGAAGAGUGCAUGUCUCACAGAGUUGAGGUGAGAAAUAAGUUAAUGAAUAUGAAAUUCUUUGCCCAGCCCUGGCCCAUGGAAGGCUCAGCAAUACUGUAUCCAUUGUAGUGGUCAUCACUCUGUGGCUCUUCACUGCUCUUGUUUUGUGUUGGGAGGGGGUGGAGAACAAUUUGUUCUGUGUUUGUAUGGGGCAAGGCCUGUCUUCAGGGCUCUCUCAAACCACAUGUGCUCUGGCUGGAGCUUCUGAAAGGACACAGUUUUUGCAUAGAAGUUGCUUUCUCCAGCUUGCCCACCAGGCAGUCUGGCUUCAGACAUCUAUGUUACCCUUUUAAGUCAAUUUGGCUAUUUAAGUGGAAUGUUUGUGUCAGUCUGAUAAUUGUUAAUUCAUUUGAUCCUCAUACCAACCCUUACUUGCCUCCUUUUACAGAUGGAAAAAUCAAACUUGGAAAGUAAUUUCCACAAGGAAAAGCCCCACGGCUGGAAAGCGGUGGGAGCAGGAGGCCACACUGGGUGCAGGAGUACCCACCUCCCCACAGGAGCCCCACACUGUCUCACCCUUAGAAAGCCCAAAUGCUCCUUUUCUUUCUAAUGCAUUCUUUCUGAUGUACAGGAAGAGGGGAAAGAAGGAAGAGCUUUUCCAUUUGGUGCUUCAAUGUCUCCUGCUGGACCCAUCUUCUGCCUAGUGGAAGGCAGCAAAAUUUCAAGAAAUAGGUGAGGUUGAGCAGCUUGGUGCAACCCCAUGGGGCCUGGAGUUGGAGCUCAACAGCAAUGGAUUUCAGAGACCACCCUGAAACUCCCAGUAAAAAAGACUUCGGAGACAUGUUAAUAAACUCAAGCAUUUGAUCAGCCCA